GAAACAAUGAUAUUCAUCCUAAUAAUAUCGUCCUUCCAGGUCCAAAUGAUCUUCUUACAAUUCUUCAUGAUAUCUGGUCUCCUUUUAUUCCUAAAAAACAGCACAAAACCUUUUUGAAUGGUGGAUAUUUUUACACAGAAGUCAUCCCCGAUAAACUCAUCGUUGUCUCAUUAAAUACCUUAUAUUUUUACAAGGCAAAUACGGCCGUUAAUGGAUGUAAAGCAAAGGAUCAACCUGGCACGAUUCAAUUGAGAUGGCUGAAUGAUGUUUUGAAAAGGGCUAACAAACGUGGAUUGAAAGUUUAUUUAUCGGGUCAUGUGGCACCAAGGAUCAAACAAUAUACAAAGUCAUGUUAUAGGAAAUAUGGACGAUUAUCAAUAAAGUAUCACGAUAUUAUCCUGGGACACUUUUACGGACAUUCCAAUAUGGACCAUUUCUUUUUUUUGAGCGAAAGAAGUAGGAAAUUUCGUCCCGUAAAUACUACAAAUCGAGAAGGAUUAAACAUUUUACAAGAGGAUCGAGGAGCAGUCGAGACCAAAGUUUAUAAUAUUGAUAAAUACAUGAAUAAACUUCUCAGACAUUAUC